UAGAAAAAUUUGGCGGUUGAGGAGCAACGACCACAUUUCAUUUCACAAAACUCUUCUCUCUUUUUGUGUGAUUCUCUUUUUCUUUCUUCUCUCCGAAAACAUUCAAAGAAGGAAAAAGCAAUGCCAGGCGGAGCCACCGUCUGCUCCGGUCACCGGUUACACUGUUUUCCUCUUCUCCACCAUUCAACUCGUCCACAACUCACCAAUCCAACUCAGUCUCGACUCGUUUCGAUUCAAACUCAAUUCAUUUCCUGUUUUCAUGCUAAGCUUUUUUUCAAAUCCAAUAGAUUUAGUGUCGUUACAAGAGCUGCUGAUUCUUCGACAACCACAACUUCCCAAUCUUCUGAUGUUCCUAACAAUAACAUUACACUUGUUCCUGAUGAUGAGUUCUCCCUUGCUAAGGUUUCAUUUGGUGUGAUUGGACUAAGUCUUGGAGUCUCACUCUUGUCCUAUGGUUUUGGGGCAUACUUUAAUAUUCUCCCUGGAUCUGAAUGGUCUGCUAUAAUGUUAACAUAUGGAUUCCCUCUUGCUAUUAUUGGCAUGGCACUUAAGUAUGCAGAACUUAAGCCAGUGCCAUGCCUCACAUAUUCAGAUGCUUACAAAUUGCAGGAAAAAUGUGCAACUCCUAUUCUUAAACAGGUGAAGAAUGAUGUUACCAGAUAUCGCUAUGGGGAUGAACAACAUUUAGAAGAGGCAUUGAAACGGAUUUUCCAGUAUGGUCAAGGAGGAGGAAUCCCCAGAAGAAGUGCACCUGUUCUACAAAUGAUUCGUGAAGAGGUCGCACAAGAUGGGAAAUACUGUUUGGUUUUGGUUUUCGAGGCCAAGACUCUGAAGUUGUCAGAUUUCGAAAAGAGACAGGCUAAAUUUGCUUCAUUCUUUGGCCCUGGAAUUACAGCGGAAGUUGGUAAGGGUGAAAAAGAUUUAUACGAGAUUCGACUCAUCUCAAAUACAGACCCCAAAACAUCAUGAAAUUCUUGACCAUUUUAUUUUCCUCUUCCAUGUUGCUUGAUUUAGUUAAUUAAAGGACUUAGGUCCUAUGUUAAAUAUGUAUAAAAAUUCAAAGGUAUAAAUUAUUGUCAUGCAUUAAACUCAAAGGUAUAUAGAUUAUUUUGUCAUGUAUUAGAUUUUGAUAUAGAUUGAAAGUAAGAGAAAAGCAAUUGAAAAGGAA